AUGGCGUCCUGGAACCUCAACGCAGGCGUCCAGCCGCUGCCACAGAACCCUGCAAUGCUCGCUCUCCAGCAAUAUCAGCUAUUCCUCGCUGACUGGAAGAGAGAAAGCCCUAAGGCAAUGAGAAGACGACUUGGAAAUGACUUUGCCAUCGUGGGGUGGCAGUUUGGAUCAGUCGCACUGGCCGGUCAGGAAAUUCUGAGUACUGAGUGCUUGUGCACCUGGGCCAGGCUCUACAUGGGCUCUUUGCAAACACAUGAGAUGCAUGGCCGAGCAUCCGUCGACGUAUUGCAUACUAUCCGUCUGCGGGGAAAUACGGACGAUCGACGACACGUACGGCGACUCCGUGACAGGAGCGACACCAGUGUACUCCAUGAGGACUGCUGGAACAAGGCCCAGGUUGUUCGCGUGCCGUUCCAGCCGAUCCGUCGGAGGCGCAUAACGGCACUUGGCACGACACGGCGUCCAUGCCCGGCAACGUGGAUCACCAACCUGAGCUUCACUCUCGAUGGCGAGAUCAGCAACACGCAGUUCUCACCAAGUGCGGUAGCGAGCACAUAUGGCUUCCAGUACAACGUCAACUCUUGCGAUUUUGAAGCUACGAGGAUCCGACGCCGGACAUUUGUCGUUGACCAGUGCAACCUCCACGGAUUCUCCUUCGCCAGCGAGCACGACUUCAUCUUCGGAAUCGCGGAGCAGUCGUUCACCGAGCAGCCAGACCACGGCAUCCUCGUCAUCCAGUACGACCCAGAGCGGAACCUCAAAGGCGGUGUGUCGACGUCCGGCAGCACUAAUCCGGCGACAACCUCUGUGACCUCAGCACUAGGGUCGCACAGUGCUUCGCACACAACUAUCGUAGCCGGCGCCGCCGCAGGCGGGUCCGUCGCCGUAUUCCUUGUUCUCGUCGGAGUCCUCAUCUAUAUCCGCCGCAAGAAGCGCGCUCAGCCCGUGCCCACAACCAACAUCCUUCGCAAAAGCCGCUACGACAACACCGUCGACGACGGUGAUGGUGACGGUGACGACUCGUCCGCGCAACCUCUGGGCCAAGACAAUAGUCCGGAGGGCCCGGGGCAGACGGGCGGAAGGCCGCCGCGACAGAGUCGACCGCUCAUGUUCACAAGAACAACGAGGUGGCAGCACGGAAUCCCUUUCUGCCGAGGUCGACGCGCGGUGUGGGUAUAGACACGAACACGAUGUUCCUGCGUUGCCUUCGUCGUCGGACGGAGAUACGCUACUAGACACGGCCGUGCAGUCGCUUGACGGUGGAAACGUGUCGUCUGCAGACAGGCGGGACGGGGCGGUUUGGCGGAUUGAGAUGGCAGCGCUGCGUCAGGAGAUGCACAGGAAAUGGCAAGGCUCCGCGAGCAGACGGCGGUGUAUGCGAUGGUGCCGCCGCCCCCAUACGUGUGACUGACCGUGCUCAGGCUCCCGUCGUUGAGG